AUGGGAUAUUUAGGUGUAGUGUUUUAGGGUGUUAAUAAAGCAUUCACGAGUGUAACUAGUGUUGUUUAGGUUGUAAAAAAGUAAUUGAUAAUAUUAAUAUAAUAAGCUCAAGAUUUUAUUAUGGGAAAUACAUCUUUAGGUAGAAAUGCAAUUAUAAUGAAGGAGACUAAUUUGGAAGAGCUGUUUCAUAAAUUAGUGAUAUAUAUUAAAUUUUAAAUAACAGGAAACCUAGUAGGUCAAUCAUAUAAAAUAUAAUACAAAGAUUCGACAAUACAUGCUCCAGACUGCAAACUAAUUAAAUAAUUAUAACCUAGGGUAGGUAUAGCAUCUACUUAUUUAGGAAGAAUGGGAGGAUUUAUAAGUAAAUGUUAAAUGGUAAUAAUAUAGUUAAAGUGA